GGAAUGGAAAGAGAUGGCGUCUAUCAAAGAUGUAUCAAAGAUUCAAAUGCUACCGCGGUCCAGAAUCUGUCUGUCUCAAUUUCUCUACACACCUAUCUAGGUAUAUAGCUACCUAAACAGCCAGCGCUUUGCCGUACAUCGAAACCUGAAAGCUCCGACAUGGGGCGGGGAACGAUGUCUACGCUAAAAUAAAAGAUCUAUUUAAACGUCUAAAUGAUGUCAAGGAUUGUGAUUGGCUAAAAGUGAGGAAUAUAGUGCUGUGGAUGGCUCUAACACGAAUAUAAUUAUGUACUUAGCAAUUACGUACAUACUUGUGCUACAUGCAGCGUUCGAGUGUGCUGCAGUUAGCAAGCGAAGCUAUUCCGACCAAUCUAUAAAGGGAUAUGUUACUGAGCGAACCUGUUGGUGGAACGAAAUUUGCAAGGAGGAGUUCCAAAUACUGUUCAGAUGCAAGUGCCCUUCGUGGUCAUACUGUCGAAGCCCAGGACGAUAUUACAACGCAGUCUGCUCCAUGACUGAGACAGGCUACAUAUGGGACCAACCCAACUCUGCCUGGAGAGGACAAUGAGCAAGGAAGCACCACUAACCCAUAUUUCAUUUGUAUAAGUGUUUCCUUCUAAUGCCUUACAAACCCCAAGAAAAUUUUGAAUUUCCAAACGUGCCACGUUCUAACGAAUACCUGAGACUGAUUUGGUAGGAAAAGAAAUUAAAUUUCAUCUUCUAUUUUCGUAUUUAGCCUAAGAUGCUAAUCGUUUAUUACCCUGGAAAAAGGGUGAUGGUUUUGUUUCUUAUGACCAAUUUUGUUGAAAAUUGUUGAAUUUACGUGAAAUAAACGUAUGAUAGUU